AUCGCAUUCAUAACCUUUCUCCCCCAUGCUCGUUCACAAGUGUUUGUUAUCAGCGUAUAAACAAAUCGACAUUGCCUACCAUCUACGCCACAUCCACAGCGUCGACGAAGUUUCCAUUCCCUUUUUUGGAUUUUGAUCUUAUGGGUGCAGUUGGUUCGCGUCCAGCCGUAAAUAUGUCCAGCGCACAAGCCAAAUUCGUCAAAGACACCAUCGCCAACAAUAAGGUGGCUAUAUUCAGCAAAACCUAUUGUCCCUAUUGCACCAUGGCCAAAGAGCAAUUUCGCAAAAUAGAUGUCGAACCCACGGUGGUAGAGUUAGAUGGAAAUCCCGAAGCAAAUGCAAUCCAAGCCAUUUUGGGAGAGAUUACGGGAGCCACAACGGUGCCCCGAGUGUUUAUCGAUGGCAAAUUUGUGGGCGGUGGUACGGACAUUAAGCGAAUGUAUGACCAGGGAACAUUGCAAAAACACUUUCAGUGAUCUGUUUUUUGUUUAGAGAAUUUAUGAGAAUUUCCUAAUUAUCUGAAAAGUUUGUGCAAAAAUAAAUAAAGAAAAUAAUAAUUAAUGGAAAA